AUGGUCCGGGCAGGAGACCGACCCCUAGCGGGAAAGUUGCGAAACCGUGCCGUGUUUCUGAGGUGUCGAGCCAAACAAGACCGAGAAAGGUCGUACACGGUUGGGCCCAAAGAUGGUAAACUAUGCAUGGGUAGUACGAAGUCUGAUGACAAUACGAUACAUCAACAGAAAGAUGAAAUACAAGCAAACAUUCCCUCUGUGUUGGCAGCGCUUGAAAAAAAAUUGGACACAAUCCAUUUUCCAAUAACAGCUGAAGACUUCAGAAGAGUCAAAACUGUUUUUUUUAGGCUGGGAAAAAAUCCAAAUGUUAUUGGUGCUGUUGAUGGAACCUUAAUACCCAUAAUUGCACCAAGUGAGGCGGAGGAGGUGUAUGUUUGCCGGAAGGGCUACCAUGCUAUAAAUGUUCAAGCGGUCGUGGACCAUGAAAUGACAUUCACUGAUGUUGUUGCCCAAUGGCCAGGCUCAGUUCAUGACAGCACAAUCAUGGAAAACUGUGCCUUGAAGCAGUGGCUGACAACUACUAACAACAACUGGCUGUUGGGCGACAGUGGUAAUGGUUUAAAACCGUAUCUACUAACACCAAUUGGUACACCAAGUACACCAUCAGAGGUUCUUUACAACAAUGCCCGUGUUAAAACCAGACUAGUGGUGGAGAGGGCAUUUAGGAUAUUGAAAUCCAGGUUUAGAUGUUUACACAAAAGUGGAGGAUGCCUCUUAGUCAAGCCCUCAAAAGCUGCACAAAUUGUUAGUGUAUGCAUGAGAUUACAUAAUCUGUGCAAGGAAAUGAAUGUUCCAACCCCACUUGUCUUGGAGGAGGACGACCAUAACGAACAUGUGUUUGAUGGGCCACUUAAUGGCAAUGGCGUGCAAACGCGGCAAAGUGUAGUCAAUUUAUUAUAA